AUGUUCCACUGCUUCCGAAUCAGUGUGUUGGAACUGGACCUGUCCGAGAACCUGAGCUUGUCGCCGAAAACGCUUGCGGUCUUGGCGGACUACGUGUUGCACAGCGAUUACCCGGUGCGGAGCCUGUGCCUGAAGAACACCAGCGUGAUUGAGGAGGACAAAAAUACCUUCGCGCCGAAGCGCCUCUUGGGCGGGGAGGCGCUCGUGGCCCUGUUAACUGCCUUCAUGAAAAACCCGGUCUACCCCGAGGCCAUUCCGCAGGACCGGUACGAGUGUUGGUACCUCCCCGUCCGGAUCACCCUGCCGGCCUGGUAUCCUGUGCAAAAGUGUCGCACUCGUAGGAAUUGCAGCCAUGCGUUGCAAAUCUUUUGGUUGACAAACCAAAAUCUCAACUCCGCCCAUUUGUCUCAACGUUGAGACAAAACGUCCCAACGUUGACUCCGACGUCUCAACUUCGGCACCGUUUAGGUUUGGGCUUAGGGUCUAGGGUUUGGGGUUCUGGUCGUCGGCCAGGGCAGCCGCCGGCCGGCCGGCCGGCCGGCGGCGGCUGCCCUGGCCGACGACUCUCUUCUUUCCUUGUGUUGUGUUUCGCACCCGCGCCCCUGCCCGUCUGUGUUGCCGCGCCCUUCCGCCCUUUGUGUCUCACCGACCCUGCCUCGCGUCAAUGGUGGUGCUCGUACCUCUCCGCCGCUGCCGACGGCCGUUGUUUGAGGCCGCCGGGCAAUCGUUGAGACGAUUGCCCGGCGGCCUCAUGAACGUUGAGACAAGAACGUUGAGAUUCUGGUCUGUUAACCAAAUCUUUUUCUUGAACAAAGUUAAGGUUAAUCUAAAUCCGCAUUACUGAUGCUGAGGAAAUUUGUAAAUGCAUUUAUACGAGUGCGAAUGCGAUAUUACUUUUGCAAUGCAUACCUGGGUGCGGGCGACGUUUCUGGUCAACGAGAUUGGCUGCGAGCUGGC